CUGACAGACACAGGGAUUCCUACUUCCAACGUUUAAGGAAGGUUAAAAGAGAAAAAAGAAAAAAAGAGGAAAAGUCCCUAAAACACCAAAAAUCUCUCCUCUCGUUUCCACCGCUACUUUCCAAAAUCCCCAUUUUUCUCGACUGCAUCGGGAUUUCAUCUCUUUCCAUCCCCUCCUAUUUAUACCCCACCAGAGAAGCAGCGUCCAUACGUCCAUCCAAUCUCUGAAAUGCUAUUGGAUUCCUCUCAUUGGCCUUCUCUUCGAGAGUGAUGAUUUCAGUUCCAGCACGAUCGCUUCUAGGUCUGUCUGGCGUCGAAUUUCCACCGUCGCCGAAUCUAGGGUUCUUGUUUUCCUCGUUCGAAUCAUCGAGUGCGGUUGGCUUUGAUCGGAAGAUCAAGGGGUUGGGGAUCUUUACCACCGUGAGAUUGAAGUUUUCGCCACCGAUGAGGGCGAAAGAGGAGUCGAGAACUGCUGCAUUUGUGGAUGGGAAGGGGGAGGAGAAUGCUGGUCGGUUGGAAUCCGGAUCUGCUACGAAGAAGAUGGAUGGUUGCGAUUGCGCCUCGGCAGUUUCCGGGACAAAUGGUGUUGCGAUGUCUACCGUUGGAAAGUCGACGAAUAUUGUCUGGCAAGAAUGUUCAGUUGGAAAACUUGACAGGCAAAAGUUACUUGGACAAAAAGGAUGUGUCUUAUGGAUUACGGGUCUUAGUGGUUCUGGGAAAAGCACACUUGCAUGUGCAUUAAGUCAAGGGUUGCAUGGUAGAGGAAAGCUGACGUACAUACUUGAUGGUGACAAUGUUAGGCAUGGCUUGAAUCGGGAUCUUAGUUUCAAAGCAGAGGAUCGUGCAGAAAAUAUACGCAGGAUUGGAGAAGUGGCGAAGCUCUUUGCAGAUGCUGGUGUUAUCUGCAUCGCUAGUUUGAUAUCCCCAUAUAGAAGAGACCGGGAUGCCUGCCGUGCACUAUUGCCUGAGGGACAAUUUAUUGAGGUUUUCAUGAAUGUGCCAUUGGAAGUAUGUGAAGCAAGGGACGCAAAAGGCCUGUACAAGCUCGCACGUGCUGGAAAAAUUACAGGUUUUACUGGGAUAGAUGAUCCAUACGAGCCACCUUUGGAUUGUGAGAUUGAAUUACACCAGGAAAACGACAUUUCUACUUCCCCCAGUGCUAUGGCAGAACAAGUCAUAUCCUACUUGGAGGAGAAGGGCUUCCUUCAGGCCUAGCUAUUUACCCACCAUUCCGAAUUCUGUGGGGGUGCCUCUUGACUUCUGGAGCUACUUUCAACUUGCAAACCACAAGAGGUAGCUGAGUUCCAAGUCAUUUAAUCGAUUGAUGGAUUGAUGGACACUAUCACAUAGUGUGUGACCACAUGCCUCAACUUUGGCUAGCGAUAUUAGAAGUUUAGAACAGAUUUUGGUAGAUGCUGUGUCCGAUCGAUCCUCUCUCUGCUGGAGAGUUGUAAAUGUGCAUCUUGUUCUGUGGCCACACCAGCUCUUUUCUUGCAGAAAUGACGCGUUACUCCUUAUUUUUCAGGCCCCUGCCAAAAUAAUGCAAUUCCCAUCAAAUCCGUCUUUCCCUUCCUUUAUCUACAUAGACCGAGGAUAGUUUGAAAAUUUGUUGAAUGCAAUCUGUUGCUUUGCAUUUAGUGUCUCCUGCUUUUCUUGUUUUUAGAAAGAAUAUGAAUCAAUAUAGAAAAAAGAGAACGCUGCUUGUACAUUUUGGAAUCUACGAAUAUAGUAAAGCAGAAGUCACAUUGCCACUGCCUAUGUGGUGGCCCUCUCCUUUCUUUA